AUGCAGCUUACCACCAUCGCACUCCUUGUCCUCACAGCCGGCUACUCUGCCGCUCUGCCUACCACCACCGACUCCUCCGCCCUUACUUUGGCCGUUGAAGUCCCUUCCGUCUCGCCACCACUCGAUGUUACAAACAGUUCCUCUCCCAUCUCGGCCCGCGGAGUCGGAGUCAGCUCUAACGUCUGGCGUGAAUUCAAACUCUGCACCGACUCGAAUCUGCGCGGGGUGUGCAUGAACCAGCGCGUCCGAGCCGACCAGUCGUGCUAUAACCUGUCCUCUUGGAUGAACGACAAGGCGUCGUCUGUUUGGGUAUCUGGGGCAUACUGCUGGCUGUACAAGAACGGGUUCUGCUCUGGGGAGUCGCGGCAGAUCCGGGGGCCGGUGCAAAAUUUGGGGUCGAUGGGGUUCAAUGAUAAGACCAGCAGCUUCAAGUGCCAGUACUACACGAAUAUCUAG